UAACAUCAUAAGGAUGUGUCCUGUAAUCCUCUCCCAAUGGAGUCUUUUCUCUAACUUUUGUGCUCUUCUCUUCUCAGCUGGCUCGUUUGGAGACCUGACCCUCAGCCAAGAGCAGUGGAGUUUCUCUGGAUGAGAAAUGCUGUUCGAGUUGUUGAUUGUGUUCCUGCUGCCCUCUGACUGUCCUGGACUCCCCUUCUACAAUGGUUUCUACUAUGGAAAUGUCAUGAAUGACAGAAGCUACAGAAAUGGCAAUGGAGAAGGUUUCUUCAAUGGGGUGAAGCUGGUGGUAGAGACACCUGAGGAUCCCCUGUUCACUCACCGAGGUGCCAAUGUGACCCUGCCCUGCCGCUACCACUACGAACCAGCACUGACCUCCUCUCGUCCUGUCCGGAUCAAAUGGUGGAAACUAGGGGAAAAUGGGGCCCCCGAGAGGGACGUGCUGGUGGCUAUUGGGCUAAGGCACCGAAGCUUUGGGGAAUUCCGGGGUCGUGUUCACCUUUUACAAGAAAAGGAGCAGGAUGUCUCCCUGGUGAUCCGUGACCUCCGCCUGCAGGACUAUGGACGCUAUCGAUGUGAGGUCAUUGAUGGGCUGGAAGAUGAGAGUGGUGUUGUGGAGUUGGAACUGAGGGGUGUGGUGUUUCCCUACCAGCCGGCCAGCGGUCGCUAUCGGCUGCACUUCCACGAGGCGCAGCGGGCCUGUGAGCAGCAAGACGCGGUGGUGGCCUCCUUCGAGCAGCUCUUCAGGGCCUGGGAGGAGGGGCUGGACUGGUGCAACGCCGGCUGGCUGCUGGACGGCAGCGUGCAGUACCCCAUCACCCGGCCGCGGCAGCCGUGCGGCGGGCACGGCCUCGCGCCGGGGAUCCGCAGCUACGGGGAGCGCCACAGGAGGCGGGACCGCUAUGACGUCUUCUGCUUCUCCUCCUCUGUGAAAGGGCAUGUAUAUUACUUAGAGCACCCAGAGAAGAUGACGCUGGCCGAGGCCGAGGAGGCCUGUCAGAAGGACGGGGCCCGCAUUGCCAAGGUGGGGCAGCUCUUUGCCGCUUGGAAGUUCUACGGCCUGGACCGCUGUGAUGCAGGCUGGCUGGCUGAUGGCAGUGUCCGCUAUCCUGUUACCCGGCCCCGGCCUAACUGUGGAUCCCUUGAUCCUGGCGUGCGAAGCUUUGGCUUCCCUGACAAGGAGAGCCGGAAAUAUGGAGUCUAUUGUUACCUACAGAGCUAGGGCUAAGGGGCAAGCCUCCUUUGACCACAGCCUUGGUCCCUUUUCUUUUUCCUGCCUGCUCCUCAGGGCUGGUGUAUUUAUUGAAAGUCUCAUUUUCCCUGAGAGUUGAGGAGAUUUAGAUAACUUUACAUUUUUUCAACAUUUUUGUUUAAAAACAAUAUUUUUUAUCAUGUGUUUUUUUAAAACCAAAAGAGGAAACUGAAUUCUUCAAAGACAUGUCUUCUCAUGUGUCUUUUUUUACCUCUGGAUUCCAUCUUUCACUUAGAGCACGCAGUAGAAUCUUAAAAGCUAGAAGGAACUCCAGAGAUCAUCGAGUUCAAUUGUGUCAUUUUACAGAUGAGGAAACGGAGUUCAUGAGAAGGGUCACAAAGCAAGCUCACGGCAUAGCUGGAAUUAGAACCCAGAUCUCUAUACUCUUAGUCCACAGUUCUUUAGUACCUUGAGUUCUCUCUUUUCCUUCCUUUGGUGAAGGUAGGAGCUAUCCUUAUGUGAGAAGAAAAGAGAGAUUCGGGGGUCUUCCCAUCCAUCUUAUGUUGACACAAAACAAGACAAGGGACUCGAAUCAAGAUUUUGGACAGCUCUUGCUAACUGGCUUCCUGCCUCUCAUACUUUCCUUCUUGUCUCGAAUUUCACUGGGGACCAUUCUUGUCCAGAUGAAUCCAAAUCAGUCCAUCCAAGAAGCUGAUGCUCCAAACAACAUCCCAAGCUCUGCUUCUUUGCCUGUGUCUCAGUCUCAUUUUCCAGUUCCUUUCUGGGAACUGCCACUAAGUUUCCAAGAGUAAUAAAUGGUGCUAUGACCUUUUAAAACA